AUGGGCGAUUCUAUUUGGGAUAGUAGUGAGACAGAAAUGGAUCUAAUUAGAAAAGAGUCUGCCCACAGGGAAGAGGCCAUACAAAAAGAGCAGGAGCGCAUAGAAAAGGAAGCAAACAUGGAAAGAGGAAAGGCAUACACAGACAGCGCAUUGGGCCAGCAGGCAGACACGUUAGUAGAGUUUUUAGGAUACAUAAAGGCUCUAGCAGUAAAAGAACACCCAGACAGCUGGAUAUUGCACGAAAGAGGAGUGUGGGAUGCCCUGAAAAAGUACAUACACAAGUGCUUCACAAACAGCACAGAUGAAAGAGCCACUGAAAAACAGAUAACUGAAAAAGUAAAAGAAAUAAUUGGCACAAGAGAGAGGUCUUUUGAUAAGAUAAAAGAAUACUUCACUGUAUAA